CUCAUCCAUCCGUCCCAGACUCCGACGCUGCGCUUCUCGCCAUCUCCAUCUCUUUGUCGCUCAACCCCUUCUAUCCUUGGAAUCGUCGAUUAUAGAGACAUCCUUCUUGAAGAAUACUCGUGUUAUUUAAGGCUUUCUUUAGCCACCCCUUUUCACCAUGUCUCAAGACGCCGACGACGCUCGAUCUGUCGCUGAAAGCUUACCCGAUGCCCCUACCAAGCAGUCAUACCGAUCUUUCAAGAAGAAGUUCGCGAAACUCAAGGUCAAGUUUGAGCUCCAGAUGAGGGAUAGCGAAUUACUCGUCCGCGAAGAAUUGCGUAUCCAAGACCUCUCGAACCGAAUUCAGGAGCAGAACGAUCAGCUUCUAGAGGUCCUUUUGGAAUUCAACGACAGUCUUCACAUUUCGCCCGAAUUGCGGUACGAUCUAAGUGCAUCCGGAGAUGAUGCUCUUCUGCCGGACGGUGAAACACGACCUUUGCCGUCGUAUAACGACCCGGACGCGGCACAGUCGAUGUUAAACCACGCCAAAGAUGAGGUUGCGACCGGUAAUAUGACUGCUGACAGCUACCGUGAGCUGGAGAGCGCCGUCAAACAGGGCAAAGCAUUUGCGCCGCGGUUAGAUUAUACCUCGCUGCUGAAAGUCCCCCACACACUGCCACCGAUGGAGGAAGAGGAUAUUUCGGCGGAUGGCGUGUUCGAACAAGGUCUUGGGUUCUUCACGUCAGAACACGAAACGGAACAUUAUUUGGCCAUGGAUGCUAAAUUGGGCGAUGAAACCGCAGCCCUGCAACUCAGCCGGGCCCCUGAGAAGGCGACGUUUGCCGAUCGGGAGAGAGAAGCGAGUCUGCGAAACUCGAUCUCAGUUUACAACUGGCUGCGGAGAAACCAGCCUCAUAUAUUCUUGCAAGACAACGAGAAUGCUUCCGAGAAAUCCGGCUCCCGACCAUCAAACCUGCGCACCUCCAAGAAAGCGCCCGGGGCUGCUCGAAAGGACGAAGAAUUCAAUGAUGACGACAGCGUCUUGGAUGCCGGGCCUACACCCUCAGGUGCCAAGGGCAAACGCAAGCGCGACGACGACAGCGCAGGUAGAAGCAAAGGUGGGAACAGCCGUUCCAACCGAAAGAAAAAAGAGGAACCCUCUUCUGCCGCCAAGCGCUCUUCAAAGAGGUCCUCCGGGAGAAUGGCUAUUACCAUUCUGCCUCCAGUUGUGGAUGAUGUGGAUAUCCCAUCCGACUCCGACGUCGAUUCGAUGUCCGUGGACUCAGAUGGCGGGGUCGGAAUAGCGGCAGGAAGAAGUUCAAGGCCGGGUAACCAUUCCGGCCUUGUAGGAAAUACAGGGAUUGUCACGCCCGGCGAGGUCGUGACUGACGACCCCCAAUGGAUGAGAGGACACGGUACCUACACGAACCCCCUCUCGACCUCUAUCAUAGCCACCGUUGCCGGAAACGUUCAAAAAACCAACAAAUUGCUUUCGGUCCAGCCCCUUCGAGCCCGUUACAACCCGGAAAUCGGUGACCUUGUGGUUGGGCGUAUUGUCGAGGUUCAGUCGCGCCGGUGGAAAGUGGACGUGGCCGCCCCCCUUCUUGCGCAGCUUCCGCUUUCCGCGAUCAACCUUCCCGGCGGUAUCCUGCGUCGGCGCACAAGUGCGGACGAGCUGCAGAUCCGGACUUUCUUCAGCGAGGGUGAUCUGUUGAUUGCCGAGGUUCAGAAUGUACACUCGGAUGGCGCCGCCUCGCUACACACCCGAUCAUUGAAAUACGGCAAACUGCGAAACGGCGUCUUUCUUGCCGUGUCCGGGACCGGUGGCAGCGGCGCGUCGCGCUCGAAUGUCAAGGGCGGCAUCGGCGCCGGGUCUGCUGCGGCCGGCACCACGGGCGGAGUCGUUCGGUCUCGGAGGCAGGUAUGGACCAUCAGCACUGCCAACGGAGGUGGGGAUGUGGAUGUCGUGCUGGGAGUGAACGGCUACAUCUGGAUCUCGAAGCACGCGGAUGACACCGCCGCCGCGUCUUCUACAACCGACAGCGUCUCGAUCACGCGCAUGGAGGAGAUGGUGUCGAGCUCCAUCUACUCCAGUCAGAACGACGAGAUCCCCCCGCAGACGCGACGAGAGAUUGCCCGACUGGCACAGUGCAUCCGCGUCCUGGUCCACGGAGGAGUCCGAGUGGACGAAGAUACAGUGAUGGGAGCAUACGAGGCUAGCCUGCAGGUGGACCUAGAGGUCGGGGAUGACGAUUACGAUGACGACCACCGGGGAGAAGGUCGAGAAUAUCUGGAGGGUAAUAAAUCCCGGAGGAUCUUAGAGCUGGCGUUAGAACGGACAUGAGAAUCUGCUUUGGGACGGUUGUGUGUGUAUGCUUGCGACGAGAUUAGAUACCCCCCUUUGGUAAUAGAGUUCUUCACG